AUGGUUUCUAAAUUAUUAAACAGUAAACAUUAUAAGAAUAGAUUUAUAUUUGAGAAUUCUUUUGUUUCUUAUUUAUAUAUUAAAUCUUUGUAUAAUACAUUUUUUAUUGGAAAGAAAUAUACAUAUGUUUUAUAUUUAUUUUUUUAUUUACAUGUACAUUAUACGAGAAUUUCAAAUUUUUGUAUUCUUUCAUAUAGACGAAGAGGUGUAUUGAAUUUUUUUAAAUUAACAAGGAUGAUGGUGAAACAAUAUUCUUUAAAUAAACAAUUAAUUGGUAUAAUGAAAUCUUCUUGGUAA